CACAGCGCCAAGGAUAAAUAAUCCGGCAGACAAUGCAAUAACCAUUUCAUGGCUCGUCGAAGCACGGGCAGUUGCAUCAUCGCGCGCGGCGCUAAAGAUCGAUGACAAAACACAUGGCGAGGCGGCGCACUCACCGAAACCGCGCUUACGUUCCGGAUGAUGGAUUAUGGGGGUGAUUUACAUUGCGCGCCAUUCCGGGGAUGAAAAUUAUACUCGCCGAGCUUCAGCUACAGUUUCCCCAGCCUCCUUGGAUGUGACCUUCCAGAGCAAUGCGGGCGGCCCGAACGGGAUUGUGAUUUCACGGUUCAUUGCUACCCCGGGACACACAUUCGAUCCGGUAUCGUACGGCGUACACUCGCGAACAUCCACCAGUCCACUGGCGCCCUUGGAACGGCAACCAGGCCCGUUUUAAUCGCGAAAACCGACGCCGCCGAAGGGAAUCAUUUUUGAUUGACGACAUUUAAUUCAUUUGUUCCGAUCGAAGGAACUGGCCAUCCGGUACUCCGGGUUGUACCUGUGCUGCAGCACAUCAUCAGCAAACAAGUUAGUACAGUACAGUGCUCGGUGGCGCCAUGAGACGAACGAGAACUCACAUUCCCUAUCCUAAGCGCCGCUAUCGGAAAAUUCGUGUGCCCGAAAAGGUGUGGAAUUUAAGCGAUUCGGAAGAAAAUGAGAAGGAAGUGCGGUACGAUCUGGAUCGGUCGAACGAGGAGGACAGCUGGUGGAACCAGAAAUCGCUUACCACGCUCGAUCUAAGCUCCAACACACUCACAACGAUCAGCGAAAACAUACAGAAUUUGGCCGAUCUUACCGUGCUGAAUCUGCAAGACAAUGCAUUAACAAGCCUGCCGAGCGGGAUCGGGGCGCUAACCAAGCUAACGAAGCUGACCGUCAGCCGCAACAAGCUGACCGAGCUGCCGGACAGCUUCUUUCAGCUGAAGGAGCUGAAGCAUCUCAACCUUUCGCACAAUGAGUUUCCCGAGCUGAAUCCGAACAUAAGCGAUCUAAUUAUGCUUGAAGUAUUGGACGUUUCGUUCAACAGCAUUAACGCUUUACCCGGUGGCGUUGGAUUUUUGGUAAGAUUGCAGCAAUUAACGCUGAACAAUAACCACCUAACGGAACUGCCGAACGAUAUCGUUAAUUUGCGCAAACUCCAGAAGCUCGAUCUUGCCAAGAACGACCUGAAGAAGUUGCCGCCCGUGAUGGGUGAACUGCGCCGGCUCGAGUGCCUGUACGUGCAGCACAACGACAUCGACGAACUGCCCGACUUUACCGGUUGCGAAGCACUGAAAGAGUUGCACAUUUCGAACAAUUUCAUCAAAACGCUGCCGGGCGACUUUUGCGAGAAUCUGCCCCAGCUGAAAGUGCUCGAUCUGCGCGACAACAAGAUCGAACGCUUGCCGGACGAAAUCGCGCUGCUGGCCAGCUUGACCAGGCUAGAUCUGUCGAACAAUACGAUCAGCAGUUUGCCCUCGUGUCUGUCCACGCUGGCCCAUCUCGUUAGCCUGCAGGUGGAGGGCAACCCGAUCCGGUCGAUCCGGCGCGAUAUUAUUCAGUGCGGUACGCAGCGUAUACUGAAAACGCUGCGAGAGCGGGACGGAAGCAAGGGGAAGCUUGAGGCACAAAGCAAAACGGGCUCGUCGUCGGUGGUGAAGAGUUCCAUCUUCGCCGCCGAGAGCACCUUUCCGGACGUGUAUCAGAUGCGCAAGGGCCGUGCGCUGAUCGUGUGCUCCAAGGGAUUGGUCGACAUACCGGAGGCGGUGUUUCUGGAUGCGCUCGAGGCGUGCGUUUACAAUGUGGAUAUAAGCAAGAACAAGCUAACCGCUGUACCGGCAGGACUAACCAAUCUAUCCUCCCUGCUGACGGAGUUGAACGUGAGCUUCAACCUGCUCCAAACCGUGCCGGCCUUUUUCUCACAGUUCGAAAAGAUCAGCUACCUUAACCUAUCGAACAACCAGCUGGCCGAUCUGCCGGAGGUGGUCGGGCUGCUAGUCACGCUGCGCGAGCUGAACGUCGUCAGCAAUCAGCUCAAGCGCAUACCGGACUGUGUGUACGAGCUGCGCGGUUUGGAAAUUUUGCUUGCCAGCGGGAAUCAAAUCGAGGAAAUAGACGCCACGGAGCAUGGGCUCGGCGCGCUGAAGCGGCUUGCCACGCUGGAUUUGGCCAACAAUAACAUCAAGCACGUACCGCCGAUGCUGGGAACGCUGAAGAACAUCACCACGCUGGAACUGAUCGGCAACAGUUUCCGUCAACCGCGGCAUCAAAUAUUGGAAAAAGGAACCGAAUCGAUCAUGUCCUACCUGAGGGAUCGUAUCCCCCAGUAGCGUGUUCCGGCUACGUUUUGUGCACCAAAUUGUUGAACUUGUUUGUCUGCCUGCCUUGCUUGCUUGCUUGCCGCUUGUUUUCGCAUUCCUUGCACGCAUUUAGAUGGCCAUAUUUCAGGGAGAUAUUAUGUAACGAAUGAAAUACCAAAAAAAGAGAGAACGAAGAGCUAAUAAUAAAAUCAAAUACCUGUUUUUAUCACUACACCAA